AUGCGACAGAGGUCAGCAACCAGGCGAGCGCGGACGGUCCGAGCCGUGAUCGGCUACGGUCUCAUCGGGUGCAUCGUGAUCGCGGGCGUCGUCGUCGGCGUCGUCGUCGCCAAGGCGCGCCGAAAGAUCGACGAGGAAAAGGAGAUCGACCGGCUCGAGCUCGCGAGCUCGCACGCCAACAUUGCCGUCCUCUAA